CUACCCCUAAAUAAAUUGACGAAGUCAAGUGGCAAAAACAAAACAAAUGCUGCUUGACUUUUCAGACACUUAAUCAUCACACACUCCUUGCAGUCAACUUUCCAAUCGCCAUGAAAGACCAAAGAAAAUAUGAAAAUUCAAAGAUAACUUAUCGAACCAUAUAUGAAAUAUAAAUGGAGAAAUGAUUAGGACUCAAUUUAAUGAGAAGUUGGUGGAUGACGCUGGCAUCAAUGGUGGAAAAAAGACGAGUUACCAACUUCUGGUUUUGCAUCAUUGUACUUUCUGCAUUGGUAACUUGUACCACGGCGGUAGACACCAUCUCUGCAAACCAAACCAUUAGAGACGUGCCAGACGGCGAGACCAUCGUUUCAGCUCAAGAAACCUUCGAGCUCGGUUUCUUCAGCCCAGCAAACUCCACAAACCGCUACGUCGGAAUCUGGUACAAGAGAAUUUCAUCUGGAAAAGUUAUAUGGGUCGCUAAUCGGAACACACCACUCACCAAUACCUCCGGCGAGUUGUCUCUCACUCUACAAGGAACCUUGGUGAUCCGUUCCGCCACCGGCGACCUCAUUUGGUCGUCGAAAAAUUCAUCAGUAAGAAAUCCGGUAGCUCACCUUUUAGAUACCGGUAACUUCAUCAUCCGAGACGUUGACGACCUGGAGAAUCGGAAUCCUGUAUGGCAGAGUUUUGAUUUUCCGACGAACACGUUUCUUCCCGGAAUGAAAUUCGGAAAGGAUCUAGUCACCGGAGUCGAAAGAAACUUCACGUCAUGGAAGAGCGACGGAGAUCCUUCCGAAGGCAACUUUACUGUGUCGAUCUAUACUCAAGGAUACCCACAGCUGACCCUCUGGAAAAACUCCGGUAUCGUUUUCCGAGCAGGUCCAUGGAACGGCGUUAGGUUCAGCGGAGAGCCUAACUUAAAACCAAACCCGAUCUACAGAUUCGGGUUUGUUCUCGAUGAAAAAGAAAUGUAUUACCACUAUGAACUUAUCAACACUUCAGUAAUCACUAAGUUAAUCGUAACACCCACCGGAAGUGUCGAACGGCUGCUAUGGAUCGAAAGAACACAAGAAUGGUUUCUUUAUUUAACUCCACAGACUGAUAACUGUGAUCGUUUCAAUCUCUGUGGUCCAUUCGGGAGCUGCAAUAUCGAUAACUCGCCGGCUUGUGGGUGUCUGGAAGGGUUUGAGCCGGUGUCACCGGGGCAAUGGGCGGUGGCGGAUUUUAGUCAAGGGUGUCGCCGGAAAACCCGUUUGGAGUGUGGGGCGGAGGAAGGGUUUAAGAGGUAUUCGGACGUGAAGUUGCCUGACACACGGUGGUCGAGAUUUAACCAGAGUAUGAAUCUUGAUGAAUGUGAGAAGGUUUGCAAGAAGAACUGUUCUUGUAGUGCUUACGCGACUCAGAAUAUAAGUGGAAGUGGAAGUGGAUGUUUGUUAUGGUUUGGGGAUCUUAUCGAUAACAGAGUAUAUACAGUAAAUGGACAGGAUAUCUAUAUAAGAAUGCCAAAAUCAGAAUUAGGAGAAAUAAAUGGUAAAAGCUCGAGUGUUAAGAGAAGGGUAGAGAUCUCUGUCCUUGUAAUAUCGAUAUUAUUAUUGAUCAUACUAGUUUCUGUUUGUGUAUUUUAUGGAUUGAAGAGGAGGAAGAAGCCAAUUCAAGAGAUACAAGAAGAAGACCAUGGACAUGAUCAUGAAAACAACGAAAACUCACAAGAUGAUCUAGAGUUACCACUCAUCGACUUUUCUAUAUUAGAUAAAGCUACAGACAACUUUUCAGACAACAACAAACUUGGAGAGGGUGGUUAUGGACCUGUUUAUAAGGGCGUGUUGGAAGGUGGACAAGAAGUAGCAGUAAAACGGCUUUCAAGAACUUCAACUCAAGGGCUUGAUGAAUUCAAGAACGAAGUUAUUUGUAUUUCUAAACUACAACACAGAAAUCUUGUAAAGCUCUUAGGUUGUUGCAUCAAGGGAGCAGAUAAAAUGUUGGUCUAUGAAUACAUGUCAAACAAGGGCCUCGACUCCUUUAUAUUUGAUGGAACUAAAAGCAAAAAACUAGAUUGGGCUACUCGUUUUGAGAUCAUCAAAGGGAUUGCAAGGGGACUUGUUUAUCUUCAUCAAGAUUCAAGAUUAAGAAUCAUCCAUAGAGAUCUCAAAGUCAGCAACAUCUUACUCGAUCAUGAAAUGAUCCCAAAAAUAUCAGAUUUUGGAAUGGCAAGAAGCUUUGGAGGAAAUGAAAUACAAGCAAACACAAACAGAGUCGUUGGAACAUAUGGAUACAUGGCACCAGAAUAUGCAGGAGAUGGAAUCUUUUCGAUCAAAUCAGAUGUAUUUAGCUUCGGUGUUGUAAUGCUGGAGAUUGUGAGUGGGAAGAAAAACAGAGGAUUCUUUCAUAAAGAAUACACCCACAAUCUUAUCGGACAUGCAUGGGGAUUACAUAAAGAAGGGAAAUCUUUGGGGACUGGUUGAAGAGUGUAUUAAUAUUGAAUCGAUGAAUUUAUCAGAAGUGAUGAGAUCGAUCCAUGUGGGGUUGUUGUGUGUGCAACAGAGACCUGAAGACAGACCAACAAUGGCGACUGUGGUUCUAAUGUUGGGGAGUAGUGAGGGUGAAUUGCCUCAACCUAAGUUGCCAGGUUUCUUUUAUGAAAAAAAUUCAACGGAUACUAGUUAUUCCACGAGUACAUAUGGAAAAGAUUCGACCAAUGAACUUACCAUUUCGAUUUUGAAUGCUAGAUAGUUGAUUUAUCUCUCUAAAUUUUUUGUAAACUCAAAGGGUCAGGAAGCU